AUGGAUGCGUUAUGGAAAAUAACGUUUAGUGAUAAUUUGGAACGCGAGCAUGCGUUCCAAAUACGGACUGAUUGUGACGACAUCAUCAUGAAGCAACGCGAGUACCGUGUCAUUGAAGAGAGACGGAAGUUAUUGGUAGAAACAGGUGAUCGGAGUUAG